GCGUCCUCGAUCAGGUGCACCGGAUUUUCGCUGCUGAGCGACGUUCCUACGCGUUGGGGCCCCCUCGAGCUCAUCGCCGGACACUUUCGAUUCCACCUGAGCACGAUGCCCGACGGCUCAGGCCCGCCAGAGCCGGUGCUGAAAGCGGGCGGGACGUUCGACACACUUGCUCGCGAACGUUACUUCAAGAACCCUCCGAAGGACGGCGCGGCCGUACCUAUCCUCAAUGAGUUCGUUGCUCCACACCUCGAAUCCUUCAAUUCUCUCUUUGACGAUUCCGGACUUCCUCCCGGUGAUGGCGACGGUCGCGGGUUACUUUCCCUGGGCAUCAAGGACAUUGGCGAGCGAGUAGUCUUCGAUGGAAAGGGACAAAUUGGUUCGGAGAGUGGUCAGUCUGGUUGGGGUAACCGUCUCAGCAUGUGGUACGAGGCCGUGACGGUAGGCAGACCUCAGGUGCCAGAAAAGGACCAGCAAGUCAGGGACAACAAAGUGUACCCGUCCGAGGCGCGAGAACGCCUCACAUCAUACCGAGGUCGCAUGAUGGUGAAGUUAUGUUGGAAGGUCAAUGAUGGCCCAGUAGAGGUCGAGACCAAGGAUUGCGGGUUAUUGCCCGUCAUGGUUCGCUCCGUGCGCUGCAACCUCCGCGGUAUGUCCUCCGCGGACCUCGUGAAGAAGCAUGAGGAACCUGAAGAGUUCGGUGGUUACUUCAUCAUCAACGGCAACGAACGUCUCAUCCGUUACCUCAUUCUUCCUCGUCGUCACCACGUCAUUUCUCUCUCGCGCCCCUCCUUCGUCAACCGUGGUCCAUCGUACACACCAUACGCUGUCCAGAUCCGCUGCGUACGUCUGGACCAGACGAGCGUAACGAACAACCUCCACUACCUCUCUAACGGCAGCGCCAUGCUCCGGUUUUCAUGGCGGAAGCAGGAAUACGUCGUUCCGAUCAUGCUUAUCCUCAAGGCACUCGUCUCUGCGAGUGACAAGGAAAUCUUCGAAGGCGUGAUGAUGCAGGACUACGAGGAUACCUUCCUUACGGACCGAGUAGAGCUCCUAUUGCGCAGCUUCAAGCUGUACAGCUUGAGGACUGGUGAUCAGUGUCUGGAGUAUCUUGGCAGCAAGUUCCGUGUCGUUCUGAAUAUGCCGGAAGAUUGGACGAACAAAGCGAUUGGUGUCUGGCUCAUUAGUAAAGUCGUCCUCGUGCACUUGGAGUCUCCUCGUGAGAAGUUCCGUAUGCUGCUGUUCAUGCUGCGGAAGUUAUACGCGGUGGUGUCGAAGUCAUGUUGUAUCGACAACCCGGACUCCCCUCAACACCAGGAAGUCCUCCUUCCAGGGACGCUAUACGGGAUGAUCAUCAAGGAGCGCCUCGAAGAGGCAUUGAACAACUUCGCGAUAUCAAUACGACAAGACGUCAACCGGUCAGAAGCAUCCGUGGACUUCUUCGACAAACGCUACGUCAAGAAGGUCCUUGCCCGCACUAACUUUGACAUUGGAUCCAGGAUGUCGAACUUCCUUGCAACCGGUAACCUUGUGUCACCCACAGGCCUUGACUUGCAACAGGCCUCUGGUUUCACCAUCGUCGCUGAGAAACUAAACUGGCAACGAUACAUUAGCCAUUUCAGGUCAAUCCAUCGCGGUGCUUUCUUCGCCGAACUCAAGACUACGACAGUCCGAAAGCUGUUGCCAGAAGCUUGGGGUUUCCUCUGUCCCGUCCAUACUCCUGACGGUUCCCCCUGCGGUCUCCUCAAUCACCUCUCCCGUACUUGCCGUAUUGUCACUGCCCCUCUCUCCGUAAACCACAUCCCCGCACUGCUCGCUGCUCAUGGUAUGACUCAAGCCUUCACACCUUCCGUCGAUGGCCGGCGCAACCUCUGUGUCCAACUCGACGGCAGAGUCAUCGGCUGGGCGUCUCAGAAAGUUAUCCAGGACCUCGCCAGGGACCUUCGCAUAUGGAAAACGGAGAGGAAGCACAACAUUCCGUUGGACCUCGAGAUUGGGUUGGUGCCUGUCUCGAAGGGCGGGCAGUACCCAGGAUUGUAUUUGUUCUCGUCCAGGUCGCGAAUGAUGCGGCCUGUGAAGUACCUACUCAACGGGCGCGACGACCAGGUUGGCUCCUUCGAGCAGGUGUACAUGGAUAUCGCGUGUACACCGGAGGAGAUUGAGAAGGGCGUGUCAACGCACGUUGAGCAUGCCCCAACGAACUUCCUGUCCAUCCUAGCAAACCUCACUCCUUUCUCCGACUUCAACCAGAGUCCGCGAAACAUUUACCAAUGUCAGAUGGGUAAACAGACCAUGGGUACACCAGCCACCGCCCUGCGUCACCGGACAGACAACAAGCUCUACCGAUUACAAAGUGGUCAAAGCCCUGUUGUCCGGCCACGACUCCACAACACCUACGGCAUGGACUCAUUCCCAAACGGCACCAAUGCUAUCGUGGCCGUCAUCUCCUACACUGGCUACGACAUGGAGGACGCCAUGAUCCUGAACAAGUCAGCGCACGAGCGAGGAUUCGCGUACGGUACGGUCUACAAGUCGCACACCGUAGACCUGAAAGACGUCAUGGGAGCUUCGCGCAACUCAUCCGCAAUCACGUUGCAUUUCGGCUUGGGCUACGAGAUUCAGACGCAGGGAGAGAAGGCACAUCCAUAUUCCCAAUUCCUGGACGACGAUGGUCUUCCAUUUGUCGGCGUCAGGCUGUCACCUGGCGACCCCAUCGCUGCGUACAUUGAUGAUACCACCGGAAGGACGAAGUUCGUGAAGUACAAGGGCGAUGAGAUCGCGUAUGUCGACUCAGUCCGCCUUCUAGGUUCUGACGCAGGUGACUCGGAACUUCAGAAAGUCAACAUGACCUUGCGCAUUGCACGUGCUCCUGUCAUCGGUGACAAGUUCUCGUCUCGUCACGGCCAGAAGGGUGUCUGCUCACAGAAAUGGCCCGCUGUCGACAUGCCAUUUUCUGAGAGCGGGAUGCAGCCGGACGUUAUCAUCAACCCGCAUGCUUUCCCCAGUCGUAUGACGAUUGGUAUGUUAGUCGAGAGUAUGGCGGGCAAGGCGGGUGCGAUGCAUGGUCUUGCACAAGAUGCGACGCCUUUCCAAUUCACCGAAGAAGACACUGCCGUGGAUUACUUCGGAGAGCAACUCCUCUCGGCCGGGUACAACUACUACGGCAACGAGCCGAUGUACUCAGGUAUCACCGGGCAAGAGUUCGCUGCCGACAUCUACAUCGGGGUCGUGUACUACCAGCGCUUGCGGCACAUGGUGUUGGACAAAUUCCAAGUGCGAACCACAGGUCCUGUCGAUCCCCUCACGCGGCAACCGGUCAAGGGUCGUAAGCGUGCGGGUGGUAUUCGUUUUGGCGAAAUGGAGCGUGAUGCUCUGAUCGCCCACGGUACAUCGUUCCUGCUGCAGGACAGGCUCAUGAACUGCUCCGACUACUCAACGGCGUGGGUAUGCAGGACAUGCGGCAGCCUAAUCUCGCUCGGGUACGAAGACGUCAGCUUGGGCGAGAUGGUCGUAGGAACAUCGGACAAACUGAAGCCCACAGGACCCGGAGGAGAGUACUGCAGAGUUUGUCGCGCCGCUGCGGAGGAAGAGGCCGAGCUUGCAAGGCAAGCACUAGCAAACGGCCACAACGGACGGACAUCUGCCCAUGUAGACGUCAGGGUUGCGAUACCCUCACAACACGUCCUGGGGCCUGCCGCGAAAGGCGGAGACCUUGACAUCGUCGCUGUGCCAUACGUUUUCAGGUAUCUAUGCGCAGAGCUAGCAUCCAUGGGUAUCGCGAUUUCCCUCGAGGUUCACUGAUUUAUUCUGUCUU